CCAUGACUAUGGUGGGCGAUUACCGUACGGCAACUUUGGCUGUGGUUUGCGCUCAACGCUCCUUAGUGUCGAUCAGAUAGGCAACCUAAGCGAUCAGCAGCUGAAGCUCUACCUGAAGCAGGUCAUUGAGACGACCAGGGCUGAAGCGGAGAAGACUCGCGACUGCAUCGGUACCCUCGGCGGGCGCAUGUCGGAACUGGAGGUCAAGAUCAGCACAGCUAGCGAUAAGCAUGAGGCACUCGCUCAUGCCACGCACCAGCAGUUUGAGAUUGUUAACGGGCACAUUGGCGAGCAUACCAGCCAGAUCCAGAAGCUUGCCAGCGACAUCGCAGAGAUGAAGAAGCAGCUGGAUCAGGAGUGCAGCGGCACCCCCAGCACGCAGGCCAUGCUGCUGAGCAAGCGCUGCUGCAUGAGGGGGGCCCACCUCAUCAUCGGCAACAUACCAGCAAAUGUCCCCUGCGAGACAGUGUGGAAGGACUUGCUGAAAUUCAUGCAGGCGAACGGUGCAGCCUUCGACAUUCUCGCAGCGGAGGACCUGCCGUGCAUGAGGAGGACAAUGACCUCGACGACAAUGUUGGCAGUUGGCGGGGCGUCGGCAUCCUGGAAAGCCCUGACCUUGUCGUCGGCUCGGCUGCUGUGGCGCAUGCUUGCGGCAGCACGAGAUCACCCCAUUCCAAGCACCAGGCUGCCCCAACAAACCAACCUCAGCCCGCCCCCGCCUUUCUCUACUACCAUAAGAAUCGCCUCAACGCGGCGGCAAACGGCAGCAGCCAGCAGUUCAUCCCGCCUGCCCUGGAGCAGAGACAGCAGCCAGCAUCACAGUUUGUCCCAGCUUCGCAGGCGCAGGCGCUGGGUUCAAAGCACGAAGCAGGCACCGCAACCGGCGCUAGGCCGAGGAUUGCAGCUCUGGACCUGGCCCGUACAUCCCCACAUGGAGACCUCGCCGCGAUGGCUGACGACAUCAGAGCACUGGCGGCAGCCGCGGCCGCUGGUACCUCCCACACCACCAGUGCUGGAGGCGGCCAGCUGCUGGACCCCAGCGCUCGGCAGUACCUUAGCGGGCAGCCGCCGGGGUCAGCGGGCCAGCAACGCGGAGGGGGUGAGCACGUGAGGCUGCCGGGCCUACAGGACGGGCGGGCAGGAGGGCUUCGAGGCUGUGGGGUGCUCAAGUCGGCUGCCGGCUUGCUGGGCGCGCCCGCUCUGUCUAUGAUUCCGCAGACGGCACAGCUGCACGCUGUUGAACCUGCGCGCCUGGUAUGCGGCCAGCAGCAGCAGCCAGGACCCGAGGCCACAACCACGGGGUCAGCGGCCGGCUUGGCUCCUGCUGCCGCACCGCCGCAAUCCCAACAGCGAUGGCAGCCGCAGGCAGGUUUUCAUGGGAAGGACUUGAAGAGCACGAUAUUUAGGCAGAAGACGCUAGCCGCGAAGACCGGCACAACAGAAUCUUUCACCCGCCUGUGAGCCUCAACUGCCGCCUCACCAACCGCCGCCGCACCAACGGACUUUGCAGCAGCACUUGACUCCAUCAGGCCUCGUGCUGCCCCCGAUGACCGAGAGCGACGACGACAUCUCUUUAACCCAGCGCCAGGAGGGCAGCCAGCACACCGCCGGCCGCUGUCGCGAAGCCUCCUGCGAUGUGCGCGGACAGGACCUUCCCGUCGAGCGGCCCCAGGAGGCAGCGCGCAAGAAACAGCGGCCGAACCCGCCUGAGGAGCUGACCCAGCCCCAUGCAGCGCUCGAACAGCAGCAGCAGCAGAGGGCCACGCAGGGCUCAGGAGGAGCACAUGGUGAUACGGUGCACGCGCCGAACGGUGCCGUGAAGAAGGGCAGCUUUAUACAGGAGGUUUGCAACGGUGUCGCCGAGAUGUGCCGAGCCACCGAAGACAUUGUGGGGAGUUUGCUGCUGCCGUGGUCGUCCCAGCACAAGCAUUCGCCACAGCCGGGCGGUGCUCAGCCGUCUUCAGGCACGCAGUCGCCGGCUGGUGGCGCUCAGGGCGCCGGUUGGGGCGCCGACAUGCGUUUCGCUGACGACGGCGCCGACGCAUUGAUGCCGUACGGGGAUGAGGAUGGCGAUGGAGGCAUGGGGGACGAGCUCGACGUUGAUGAUGGCGAGGAGUUUGGCGGUGGCAACGGCGAAGGCGAGGAGUACUACAGCACGCUGGAGGAUGCGGCCGCGCUUGGUGAGGUGCCUGGCACGGCUGCUGCGGGCGGCGGCUUGGGUGACGCUGCGCAGGCUGAGGCUGGCGUUGGGGAUGAGGAUGAGGCGGUUGCAGCUGGGGCAGCUCCGGCGCCAGCGUUGGUGCUGCCGCUGGAGGAGGGUGGACAGCAGAGCUAGGGGUUGAAUAUGAGGACGGCCGAGUCGAGCAGUAAUGGUGGAAAGUGUAGCAGACAGGGCCAUUAUAGAGAGCCAGGCAAAAGAACGGUAGAUUUUGUUAGUACUCGUCUACGGGGCUGUUGGUGGGCUGCAUACAUCCCUUGCGGGAAUACGCCGCCCGAGCGGUGUGGUUUGGAGGGGUGGCCGCCUGGAGUGGUGUGG